UUGCCAUUCUAUUUUUCUAUUAUUGUUUAUGGGUUUUAAGUAGCGAAUGUGUGCGCUGCCAUUUUCUGUUGAACUUAUUAUUGAGAAAAGGCUAUAUUGAAAAAAGCAAAAUGCCUGAGAUGAUCAAAUCGCCCGCCGACAUCAAAACUGCACCUUUCGACCCGCGGUUCCCUAACCAGAACCAGACAAGGUACUGCUACUCCAGCUACCUGGACUUCCACCGCUGCCAGAAGGUCCGCGGCGAGAAGUACGAGCCAUGCUACUACUUCCAGCGCGCCUUUAAGUCUCUCUGCCCCAAUGAAUGGGUGGAGAAGUGGGACACCCAACGCUCAGAGGGCACUUUCCCCGGCAGAAUCUAAAGUAUUCUAAAUUAGCACCAUUACAAAGUUAAUUUAUGCGAGUUUUAUUUUUACUUAGGCCGCAAUUAUGUGAUUUUAGGGAAUAAAUGUGUUAAUUCCAAAA